AUGCCUCGCAAGCGGAAAUCUGAUCUAUGGAAAAAUUGGUCCCGGGCCCGUGCAGCAAAAGUUGCACGAAAUCACGAAUCUUCGAUUGACGCAGAGCUGAGAAGACAACAGCAAGCACAACGACAAAGUGUUUUGAGAGCAGCUGAAACGCCUCUUCAGGGGCGACCUCGUGUCAAGCCAGAGCAAGUAGAAGGACUGUUAGUGAACAGUUGCACCCCCAUGGAGGGCCCCGAAGGGGCAAAUAACACCCCCACAGCCUUAAUUACUGAAACUAACAUCCCAGUACAACCAUCAGAGACACUUUUCACAAAAAGAGCCAGAGCCAAAGAAGAAAGCCGGCAAACACAGCCGGGGAACUCAGACAGCCGCAGGUCCUCUGGAUCCUCGACCAGCCCACGAAGCCCGCUCACAUUAAAGUUAAAAAGGAGUAUACAUCAUCCUUACAAGCAUGUAAGCACCCCCAAACCAAAGGAUACCAAAGCUAGCUCAUCAAGAAGCAGCAGAGACUCUCAAUCCAGAUCCCAAAAAAGUCAGGAGAAAACAGAGAAAAGACACUCUAGCACAAAUACUAGCAGAGAUAGGGGACGAAAAAGCUCAAAUGAGACCGAUUUUCACCUUACCCCAACAAACGACGUGGAAAAAUCUCGCAAAAACAACAUUGAAAAUUUCAAGAUAAAAAGUAGGGAGAACUCGCCAUUUUACACCCCACCGGAGGAAGAACGAAGAGGAUCACCACAUAGCAGCCCCAUGAUGUACGGAUACUCCCCUGAUAGUGAUCCUACCCUAAAUUUCGAGAGUGCGGAAAAUUCGCCCUUAAACACAUUUAACAGUGCGUACGGGUACGCGAUCAUAAAUAUCGAAAACAGUGCGGAAAAUCCACCCUCGUGUAACGAAGUGCCCGAAAACCGACCCACAGUGCCGGUAAACGACCCACAUGACAUAACGCAACAAUACACCGGUAGUGCGCCCAACCCCACAGUGCAGACCGGUGCGAGCGAAAAUAAAAGUGAAACGAGCGAAAAAAAUAGUGCGGGUUUACCCCCUACGAACGCAAAUAAAAGUGCGGAGAAACCCCCGACGGGUAAUCACGACGCAUUCCCUAAAUUCGAGUCGGCAUACAAAACCCUAGGAAUGCCUAGCACGGUAACGGCAAAAGUCCUUAACUUCGGGACGAAGGCACAUCUCGCGACAUCGAGUGAAGACGACUUCGCGAAAGAAAGCAACGAGGAAGACACCAGACAACCUCCCUUACUACACAAACGGAAAAACAUGUCGCCAAUAAACCAAACAAAGAGCGAAACAGAACAGCCCACGAACAACCCCACCAAAAAAGGGAAAGCAACCCCCAAUCUACCUAUAAAAGGAAGCUCAAAGACACAAAAACAAGCUAGAAACACAGACAAAACAAAAACAAAAUCUAAAGAUAGUAUUCCGCCCAUAGUAAUUGAUGGUAGUACAGAUAAUCAUACAAAUCUAACAAAAGACCUCAAAGAAAUCCUUAAGGGUAAGUACUCCAUCAAAUAUACGAACGCAACCACAGUAAUUUUUACCGAAAGUGAAGAAGACUAUCGAUCACUAUUAAGCAAUAUUAAAGAAGCGGAAAUACCACACCAUACCUACACGAGUAAGGCGGAUAAGACCCACAUUGAAGACGAUCUCAGAGAAACAUACGAGAUUGAGGCCAAAGAAACAUUUCUGAUGACCACGAACUACAGACCACUCUACCUUAUAGUAACAGAUCCCGCAAUAACCCUUGACUAUUUAAACAAAAACGUCAGGGUUAUUGAAAACACCAGAGUAACAUGGGAAUUACGCAGAGCAGUGAAAUCAAUAAUUCAGUGUCACAGAUGUCAAGCGUGGGGGCACGCAACAACAAAUUAGGUAAACAAAAUAAACACCCCAUUUACAUGUGAUACCCAGAAUAGAUAUGAGCAACUCUCAGACGUGUCAGAAGAUGAUAAUGACAUACAAAGCACCAAAACUGAUGAUGCCUCUACAAAUAAAACAAAGAAACAAUCAAAAGAACCAAAAGAGCCCCAUCCUCCACCACUAUAUAUCUAUGGAGUAACAAAUUACAAAAAAAUGGUAGAAUAUUUAGCAAACACACUGGAAGAAGAAAAAUACCAUUGUAAAAGUCCUUCAAAUGACACAAUUAAAAUUAAUGUAAGCACUCCAGAUACUUAUAGAAAAUUAAUUAAACCGCUACAAGACGAUAAAGUGGUAUAUCAUACAUAUCAAGUCAAGCAGGAUAAAGCAUAUAGAGUAGUAAUUAGAAACCUACACUAUUCAAUUCCAACAGAAGACAUUUCAGAGGCAUUAAAAAAAGGACACACAGUACGAAAUAUUUUAAACGUUAAACAUCGUAAAACAAAGGAACAUCUUCCCUUGUUCUUCAUAGAUCUAGAACCAAAAGAAAAUAAUAAAAAUAUUUGA